UUAACAUCUUUGGUUCACCUAAUUACAUUAUUAAGGAGGCACUCCCAAUGGACACAAAAAUUUCCGAUGCAAUGCCACCCAAAUUUUCCAAGGUAGCACUGACAUUUGAUGAUGUUUCAUUAAUUCCUGGUGAAUCAAACGUUCUGCCAAAUGCGGUUGAUACAAGCACGCAGCUGACCCGUCGUAUUCGCCUCAAUAUUCCGAUUUGCAGUGCCUCAAUGGAUACUGUUACGGAAUCGGAACUUGCAAUUGCUCUAGCGCGAGAGGGCGGUAUUGGUAUAAUCCAUUACAAUUGCUCGAUUGAGACGCAGGUGAAUGAAGUUGAUCAGGUCAAACGCUCAGAAAGCGGAAUGAUUAUCGAUCCGAUUACCUUGACCCCCGAUAAGAAGGUUCGUGAUGCGCUGGAGUUGACAGCACGUUACCGCAUCGGUGGUAUCCCGAUUGUGACCAAAGAAGGUUACCUCGUUGGGUUAAUCACCAAUCGUGAUCUGAAAUAUGAGGAAGAUGCGGAUCUGCCUGUGACUGAACUGAUGACACCAAGUGAACAGUUGGUCACUGCCUCGCCUGGGAUUGAACUGGAGAAAGCGAAACAGAUUCUGCACCAAAUUCGGAAGGAAAAGCUCCCAAUCGUUGAUGAGGAGUUUCGCCUGUGCGGGCUUAUCACAAUCAAAGAUAUUGACAAGGUAGAGAAAUAUCCUCUGGCAUGCAAGGAUAAGUCUGGGAGACUGAGAGUUGGCGCAGCGAUUAGCCCUUCUUGGGAUUUGGAAAAAGUGGGACUUCUGGUUGAUGCAGAGGUUGACGUCUUGUCGAUAGAUACCGCGCACGGUCAUCAUCGGAAUGUAAUGAAGGCAGUGCAUCAGAUUAAGGCGGAAUUCCCCGAUGUGGAACUGAUUGCCGGGAAUGUUGUAACCGCCGAAGCAACGCGUCAGUUGAUUGAUGCAGGUGUUGAUGCUGUAAAGGUAGGCAUGGGACCCGGAUCAAUCUGUACGACCCGUGUUGUCACAGGAAUAGGGAUUCCGCAGAUUACGGCGGCUUACGAUUGUGCGCAAGAGGCGGAUAAAAACGGCGUUCCGGUUAUCGCUGAUGGUGGUAUUCGGUAUUCCGGUGAUAUUGCGAAGGCGAUUGGUGCGGGUGCAAGUUCGGUGAUGAUAGGGAGUUUGCUUGCAGGUACGGAGGAAAGUCCCGGCGAAACGGUUAUCUAUCAAGGGCGCACCUAUAAAAUCCAUAGGGGUAUGGGUUCUUUAUCCGCUAUGAAGGAACGCCGUGGUAGCGAGCGAUACUCUCAAAGUAGUGAAUCUUUAGCAAAGUUGGUGCCUGAAGGCAUCGAAGGACGGGUGCCUUACAAGGGUCGGUUGGGCGAUUUUGCCUAUCAGCUUGUCGGUGGUCUCCGCGCCGCGAUGGGAUAUUGCGGUACACCGGACAUUGCGUCAUUGCGGACUGAAAGCCGGUUUGUUCGGAUGCAGAGUAGCGGUCAUCGCGAAAGUCACCCGCAUGAUAUUGCGAUUACAGAGGAAGCUCCCAAUUAUAGUGUAAUGAUGUGAAACCAUUUGAAUUAUGAAUACCUUUUCAGAAAAGACAUUGAUUCACCCUAGCACACAUGA